UAAUGGCUGUGCAUGGAUUUUCUGGCUGCAUUAGCUAAUAUCUCGCCUGUGUAUAGUUAACUUUGCAGCCUGUUGUUUCUGAUUAGUGGCUGACAGCUAUGUACCAUUCCAUAUAUUACUAAGUGACAGACUGUCAGCAUGACUAAUUACACCAUAAAGGAUUGAGUUAGCUUUGAGGUUGUCAAUGGGCUUUAUUUCUGCUGAUUGUUUCCUUGUGAACUGCUGUUGUCUGGAAUAUGUGUUGAACUUUGGGAGUGGAAACAUAAGGAAUAAAGAGGAUUAGAACUACAGGGUCAUAAGAACCUGCCUAGGGCAACAUGUCAAGAGAGGAUUUACUACAAACAACGCACUACACUGACAGAGGGCAGUCUUUUCUUCCUGUAAUCCCUGUCAGCAGUGUAAACAUCCUAGAAAAUCGUCUGUCCAAUCAGGAAAGGACCACCGCUACACUUCUGGAAGAAGCAUUUAAAAUCAAGGAUAACAUCAUUGCCAGUUCCAGGAGAUUCCAUGUUCCCUCUCAGGGAGAAAUAGUGGCCCGUAAACUGUUGGAAAACCACAUUCAGACUAUUACAAAUAUAGUCAAACAACUGAGUCAUGAUAUUCAGGUGUUAGAAGCACAAAUCAGAGCCAGGGACAAUGUGACUGCAGGAACCAGUUUUGUAGUGCAAAGCCUGGACCGUAAGCAUCUGUCUGACAUUGGAGAGCUAAGGGGCAGAGUUGCAAGAUGUGAUGCAAGUAUCUCCAAACUGUCAGGAGAUUUAAAUGGGCUCACCAUCGAGAUCAAGAGGUUGGAGAAAGAACAGCACAACAUCAAGUCAUCAACAGAAAUGCACAUGAAAGACUUAGAUCUUAAGAUAUCACAGUUACUAAGUAAAAUGGAGAACUCACUAAUGGAACUGAACUCAAAAUUAAAAAUGGCACAAGGGGAGCAACGCCAUGAGGUUCAGAAUCUGGAUACCAAAGUCCUUGGACUUCUGGAGAGUCUAAAUAAUCAAAUCCAGGAUCAGCGGAAGUGGACAGAAAUGCAGAUCAACAAAUCCCAGGAAUCCCAAGCCGAGCACCUGAACCAUUUACAGAGUGUUAUGCAUGAGAAACUGACUGGCUUGAACUGGUUUAAUGACAUUGUGUCCCAGUAUAGUGACCUAAAGGAGAUUGAUAAGGAAAUUGAUACAACAGAAAAGAAAACACAGGAAGGCAUAAACUAUCUAGCAAUAAAUUUAGAAAAAGCAGGUGAGAGGCAUAAGCAUGAAAAUGAGAGGGACCAAAUGAAGAAGAAAAUGGAAGAAAAACUGAAUGUCCGACUUAAAAGAAUGGAACAAGAGAUCUGGGAUGAGCUUGACAAUAUGAAGAAGGAAUACAGAGCAGGCUUCCAAUCGAUUACUGACUCCUUGAAUUAUCUACAUAAAAUAAAUGACACAAAGAUGAAAGUGGAACAACAGAAGGUCCAGAAGGAUAUGAAGCACAUAAAAAGGAAGAUUAUCAACCUUAAAGAAGUUUGAAUUUUGCUUAAAAAUAAAUAAUAAUUGAAUUAUUGGCUCAGCAGUCUGUAAACUGGUUAAACAUUAUUUUUCAGCACAAAACAGUUUUGUUUCUUCUCAUGUAAUAAUGCAACAUAAUCAUAAAAACCUAAUCAAUUAUUAUGAAAACCAUUUUAAUAAUGAAGUAUGACUUUCUGUGUUUUAAAUAGCUGUUGCACCUCAGUAAACAAUUCUGAAAAUAUCUUACACAGAUCAUAUUAGGUUUAAGUCGCUUCCUAUUUUUUUUUUCUUUCUGUACAAUCUGAAAUAUUCAUGGA